CCCAGUCCCACAGUUUGGAAACAUGUCCAUGCAAGAGGACAUGCAAUCCCAGAAGCUCUGGUCAAGGAUCCAUAAGUCUCAAAGAGACUUAGCAAAGUCCAUCCUGAUUGGGGCUCCAGGAGGGCCGGCAGGGUACCUGCGGCGGGCCAGUGUGGCCCAGCUGACUCAGGAGCUGGGCAAUACCUUCUUCCAGCGGCAGCAGCUGUCAGCCGCUAUGGCAGACACCUUCCUGGAACACCUCUGCCUGUUGGACAUUGACUCCGAGCCCGUGGCCGCUCGCAGCACCAGCAUCAUUGCCACCAUCGGGCCGGCAUCUCGCUCCGUGGAGCGCCUCAAGGAGAUGAUCAAGGCUGGGAUGAACAUCGCGCGACUCAAUUUCUCCCACGGCUCCCACGAGUACCACGCUAAGUCCAUCGCCAACAUCCGGGAGGCGGUGAAGAGCUUUGCAACUUCUCCGCUCAGCAACCGACCCGUGGCCAUAGGUCUGGACACCAAGGGGCCGGAGAUACGCACUGGGAUCUUGCAGGGGGGCCCGGAGUCGGAAGUGGAGCUGGAGAAGGGCGCCCGGGUGCUGGUGACCGUGGACCCGGCCUUCCAGAUGCGGGGGGACGCGAGCACCGUGUGGGUGGACUACCCCAAUAUCAUCCGCGUCGUGUCAGUGGGGAGCCACAUCUACAUUGACGACGGGCUCAUCUCCUUAGCGGUCAAGAAAAUCGGCCCAGAGGGACUGGAGACCGAAGUGGAGAAUGGCGGUGUCCUGGGCAGUCGGAAGGGCGUGAACCUGCCGGGCGCCCAGGUGGACCUGCCUGGGCUGUCGGAGCAAGAUGUCCGGGACCUGCGCUUUGGGGUGGACCAUGGCGUGGACAUCAUCUUUGCCUCCUUUGUUCGGAAAGCCAGCGACGUGACUGCCGUCAGGGCUGCUCUGGGGCCGGAAGGAAAGACCAUCAAGAUCGUUAGCAAAAUCGAGAACCACGAAGGCGUGAAGAAGUUUGAUGAAAUCCUGGAAGUAAGCGAUGGCAUCAUGGUGGCGCGGGGUGACCUGGGCAUCGAGAUCCCCGCUGAAAAGGUCUUCCUCGCUCAGAAGAUGAUGAUCGGUCGUUGCAACUUGGCGGGCAAGCCCGUUGUCUGUGCCACACAGAUGCUGGAGAGCAUGAUCACUAAGCCCAGGCCCACUCGGGCAGAGACGAGCGACGUGGCCAACGCUGUGCUGGAUGGGGCAGACUGCAUCAUGCUGUCGGGGGAGACUGCUAAGGGCAAGUUUCCUGUGGAGGCUGUAAAGAUGCAGCAUGCGAUUGCCCGGGAGGCAGAGGCUGCGGUGUACCACCGCCAGCUAUUCGAGGAGCUGCGCCGGGCAGCACCCCUGAGCCGUGAUCCCACUGAGGUCAUUGCUAUCGGCGCUGUGGAGGCGGCCUUCAAGUGCUGUGCUGCAGCCAUCAUCGUUCUGACCUCGACAGGCCGCUCAGCCCAGCUCCUGUCUCGGUACCGACCUCGGGCAGUAGUCAUUGCUGUCACCCGCUCUGCCCAGGCUGCCCGCCAGUCCCACCUGUGCCGAGGAGUCUUCCCCUUGGUCUACAGUGAACCUCCAGAGGCCGUCUGGGCAGAUGAUGUGGAUCGCCGGGUCCAAUUUGGCAUUGAAAGUGGUGAGCCACUAGACUUCUUCCCCUCCCUCCACUGGAUUUGUAUCACAAGUUCCCCAGUUCCACUUCCCACACCCACCCAACGGGCCUUGCCUCUCCCCUCUGGUCCCAAAUUUUCUCUGUGAUGUUCACUAAGACUCAGACAUAUUUUGGCCUUCGGUGGUGGGAAGGAGGACGUACUGAGGAAGGAGGGCAGAGGGAGAGAGGUCAGGGUUGUCCCUAAGAAGUCAGCCCAGCUGCUGCCUGCGCUAGGUGGCUAGAGCUGUGCGUGACAUACGGAGGAAGAGGUGAGAGGAGAAAGGGGAUCCUGCCACUGGAACUAAAAUCGAAUUUACAGUUGGCUAUGAUCAUACCCUACCUCUUCCUAUCAGCACAGCAACACAGGUGGGUAGACUUGCUACUUAGCGGCACAGCCCAUGCCACCGCACGGACACACGUGCAGCUCUGAUACGCUGCCGUGGUCAUAUUCCUGCAGUGCCACCUGUGCGUCACACUGGACAGUUUGCCUCAGGCCCCCCAUUCCUUACAGAGUGACUUUGAGGAGGUGGAAGGUGGUGGCUGAUUCUCAUCACAGGGCUGGCCGGGGUCCCUCAAUGGCUGAUUGUCAUCUUCUCUUCCCCCGCCCUCCAACCGCCAGGGAAGCUCCAUGGUUUCCUCCGUGUUGGGGACCUGGUGAUCGUGGUGACAGGCUGGCAUCCUGGCUCUGGCUAUACCAACAUCAUGCGGGUGCUGAGCAUAUCCUGAGUCGUGUCCCCCCGCACCGAACUCUGGACCUCAUCCCUUCCCCAUUCCCUCCACCCAGUGCCCCUCCUAAGUCUUCUGCACUCCCAGUCCCCCCUGCCCAAGGCCACAUCUGCCAUCUAGCCCCAUUCCAGGUUCCCCUUCCCCCUCUCCAUUUCACACAGGCCCCGACCAGCCAUGGCCAGUUAAGCACUGGCCAUCAGGCAGCGCCAGCCAUACAUUCCCUGUACCUAAUGCUCUCAGAUGAGCCCUGAGAUGUUCUGAGCCUUUAAUCCCAGCUUAACUGUUUAAUUCAAUCCACCCAGCCCCCUCCCACUGCUCCCUAUACCUGGGGCUUGGGGGGAGAGGAACAGGACAAUCAUGUCCACAGUUAACACAAAACCAUAUUUGAAACAUA